AUGUCAUCGACGCCGCUGGACAGUGCACAGGCCACCGAUAGCUGCGAUGAACCGACGCACACGCUCACUGGUGCGAAGCAGACGCACUCUCUGGACCGAUUUUCAUCUGAACACGACACGCCAUGCGAGCAUGUCCAGCCCAACACCGUCGCGCACAUGAGCGACGAGCUGCUCGACAUGCUCGCCGAGGACCGUCGCAUCAAUCUCAAGCACCACCUGGUCGUGGGCAAGCUGUUCAAGGCGUACCUUCUAGAAAAGAAGAACUUUGCCAACGUCAUGCGGACCUAA